GGCACGUAUCCGACCGUGCGAGCGGCACCUGAGCGGUGAAUCAUGAUAACUUUACGAAUCGUAUGGCCUUGUGCCGACGAUGUUUCAUUCAAAUUUCUGCCCUAUCAACUUUCGAUGGUAGGAUAGAGGCCUACCAUGGUGGUAACGGGUGACGGUGGAUUAGGGUUCGAUUCCGGAGAGGGAGCCUGAGAGAUGGCUACCACAUCCAAGGAAGGCAGCAGCAGGCGCGCAAAUUACCCAAAAAGCAGCCAAUGAUGGAAGAAUGGUUUGGCCGCCACCUUUCACGGAGCACAGCAGACGACUGAAGUGGUCUGACAAAAUUGCAUAGUAGCUAGAGAGCAAGUGGUCCGACGAACUUGCAUAUAUAGUAGAGAGCAUUGUACAACCUUUGGGCAGCAAUGCAAAACACAUGUGCCGUCGCGGAUAGAUAGAGGAGCUUAUAGCUAGAUAGGCAGCAACGCGAGGUAGUAGGUUGUGGAGAUGACAUCACGCGCACUGAUCAGGAUCGAGAGCCCGCCCUUCCCACCCAUUACCAAUUGCACAAUGCAUUGGACACAAGCAUGUCACUUGCCUAACUUCUUGCAAACAGCUCCUACACAUCCAGUCGCCCCAACAGAGCCGACCCUGUGUAGCUAAGUCAGGUCUUACCACUACCCUCUCUGUUACCCACUUUCCAUCCGAGGGGUAACCGACUUCCCUACAUGACGUACCCCCUCGCCAAGGGUUCGUCCUGGCGAGGACCUUUACUACUGUAUUUGUUUGCGGCAGGUCCCAAGGUUUUCCCCAGCCCUAAAACAUUUAUGGAAAUCACAACAUACUUCUGAUCGGUGCCUAACCCGCCAGCUCCACACGCCCCCUCCCUCCCCUUCUUAUAGUUUAAGAAGCAGUCUCGCUUCCAGGCCGCCGAGCAGUUGCGGCACUAUGAGUACAUGGUGGAACGUCACCUGUUGGGAGCACCCUUCUCACUGCCGCUGCUUCUGCUGUCAUGGCUGCCGAGCAACCACACAACCACACGGCAAAACGGCGCCUGCAGGAGGCCGUGGUGGGACACCGUUGUGGACGAUCCUGCUCUUUUAAAAGAAAUCAAGAAGUACAAGAAUUUUUGGAAGAAGAAGCGUUUUAAGCAAGCAUUAUUGAUCUCGAAAGGUUUUGGCAAGAAGGAGCACCCCACCGGCACCAACGCCCUGCCGUACCUGGUGUACCUGCUGACCAUGUACCCCGUCCUGAUGCUGCUGGUCUGGGUGACCUACUUUGCCAUGGCGCCGUACCGGAUCAUCUACUUCACCUUCUGGGGGCACCAAAAGUGGAUUCGUGCUUCAGUAAGUCAGAAUACGAAUGUAAGGGCCUGUAGGGCCGCCUUUGGUGGCAGGGGUGGCCGCUGUAUGCUCUUCAUGGUGCAUGUGACUGGAGGAGGUGGUGCCGGCAUACAAGGGAUAACACCCUCCAUGCGUGUGCUCCUAGUUUACUACUACCCCGUUGCUUUAUUUGUAGGGGCUGUAUGAGGGCGGCCACAACGGCCUGGCCACCCAUGUGUUCUACGACAGUUUGGUUAUGGUAGUUGGCAUGCGUGUGCUCCUAGUUUACUACUGCCCCGUUGCUUUAUUUGUAGGGGCUGUAUGAGGCGGCCACAACGGCCUGGCCACCCAUGUGUUCUACGACAGUUUGGUUAUGGUAGUUGGCAUGCGUGUGCUCCUAGUUUACUACUACCCCGUUGCUUUAUUUGUAGGGGCUGUAUGAGGGCGGCCACAACGGCCUGGCCACCCAUGUGUUCUACGACAGUUUGGUUAUGGUAGUUGGCAUGCGUGUGCUCCUAGUUUACUACUACCCCGUUGCUUUAUUUGUAGGGGCUGUAUGAGGCGGCCACAACGGCCUGACUGCCGUCAUGUCUAUCUAGGUCCCACAUACAGGGCAAGCGAGGCACAGCUUGUCCAGCCAUGUACGGCUAGCAAAGGGAGCGACUGUGCCUGAUUGGCAUCCAGUAAACAUGCAUUGGUUCUGGAUGUGACCCUUAGGUCCCAUACACAGGGCAAGCGAGGCACCGCUUGGCCACCCACGUGUUCUACGACAGUUUAUUUGGUUAUGGUAGUUGGCAUGCUUUGUAUGUGACCUCUAGGUACAGGUGCAACUUCGUGCGCUUAAGCCGCAUUAAUCCGGUAGAGGCACAAAUGUUACAUUGGA